AUGUCGGGCGGCGGCAUGAACGUUAACCGCGAAAGCCUCGUAUCGCGGCUUCAAAGCUUGAACGUCAGCCAGCAGUCGAUUGAGGGCACCUCGAAAUGGUGUCUCUUCUACAUUAAGGAUGCGAAGUCGGUGGUCAACAUUUGGGUGGAGGAGUUCGGCCGGACAACAACGGAACGGAGAAUAGCUUUCCUGUACCUGGCGAACCACAUCCUGCAGGAGGGCCGCAAGAAGGGCCGUGAGUUCGCAGACGAGUUCUUUCGAGUGCUGCCCAAGGCGCUAGCCUCCGUCAGCCGCUCCUCUGACGCGAAGUUGCGCAACUCCGCCAAAAGGCUGGUGGACAUUUGGGAUGAACGCAAGGUGUUCGGAUCAGCUCAGGUGCGGGUGCUGAAGGAGCACUUGAACGGAGGGGGGGGAAGCACGCCCUCCAAAAGCAACUCUGGCGGCACCGGUGGCAAUGCUGGUGCUGACAACGCCGUUCCCAGCACAGGGAAUGACCUGGAUCGACGCAAGCUUGCGGCCGUGGGUAGCUUAGCUGAUGUGCUGUACGAGGUAGCGAAUGCGGCAGCGCGCAGCAGCGAAUGGCAAACUAAGUGCCUGCAAAUCAAGGCGGAUUUGGCCUCUAUGGACGCCUCUCUGACGGAGGUGGCAGCCGCUCGCACGACUCUGGCCACUGCGCUGGAGUGCCUCAAGGCCGAGAGCGAGCGGCGCAAGAAAGCCGUCACGUACAUACGGAUGCACCUGUCACAGCAGACUUUUCACUUCAGCAACUUGCACCUUCAUCCCCAGGAGGAUAGCUUGAAGCGGACCGAAGACGCCCACGCGGCGCUAACGGCCCAGAAGGGGGAGCUGGACGAGCGGCACGCGGCGUUGUUAAAACAGGAGCAGGAGCAGCAGGAACGAGAACAGCGGGAGCGGGAGCUAGAAGAGGCAUUGCAGCAGCAGCAACAGCAACAAGAGAAACAGCAACAGGAGCUAAGGCAACAGCAAGAGCAGCAACAACAACAGCAGCAGCAGCCAGUAGCCAUGGGUGGGAUGGGAACUGACGGGCCGCCCCCCUUCCUGGGGCUUCCGCCGGGUGGCCUGCCGGGUAUGCCCCCAAUGAUGCCUCCGCCCUUCCCAAUGCCCGGCAUGGACCCGUCCGCGCCGCCUUUUGGACUGCCUGGCAUGCCGCCAUUCCCAGCCGCGCUCCUGGGUCCCAUGACUGGUAUGAAUCCCCUUGGGCCCCUACCGCCCUUCCUGAGCCCCAUGCCUGGCAUGAACCUCAACAUGCCGCACCCGCCGGGCAUGAAUCCCAUGACCGGUCCUGGAGGGCCGAUGAACCCUAUGGGCGGUGGAGGCGGUGGCGGUGGAGCACCACCGGGAGGCGGCACGAUGGGUCAGCUAGUUGGCGGGCUACCGGAUCUCGCCGGCGCGCUGUCCGCGCUCAGCGCCACGGGCUUUGGUGGUGUAGGCGGUGGGGGUGAUUCUGGGACGGCAGGGCCGACAGCCAACGGUUCUCAGCCUCCGCAGCAGCAGCAGCUGCAGCCGCAGUCUUCCGGUGGCGGCAUGCCGCAGGUGCAUGGCCAGGCGCUGCCAGGACCACAGGGGUCGGGGGGUUUGCCGCACUCACAUGGCGGACCAGGGCAGACACCGCCGCAACAGAUGCAGCAGCCGGGUAUCGACCAGCUGGCGGCAGCACUAGCGAACAACUCGGACCAGACCGCUAUGCUGCUGGCGAAUGCCUUCGCAAGCAUGAGCCAGCACCAUCCGCUGCCGCCUCAGCAGCAGGCCAAUCAGGGGAUGGGUAUCAGCGGCGGGUUUGGUGGGAGUCCUAUGGGUAAUGGCGAUGGCGACCCCAUGGAUGCACCGUAUGAUCCGGAGUUUCCGGAUUAA